AUGGAAGACUGCUUUAAGAAUAGGCAAGCCAAUUUCACCAUCAAUGAGAGUUUGUUCUUCAUCAUUUUCAAGCUUCAGACUUUUUUCCAAACAUUUACGCUAAGGCGAGUUUCUCGUCAGAUAACGAGAUUAUUUAUUGUUCCAGAUUCUAAAAGGCAGAAGUUGUUUCCUUAUGUCGUACCGUCUCAGAAUAUUCCUAAAAGAAGCUCUGAUAAAGAAGUACCAUUAGCCCAAAAAAUAAAAUCAAUUGCUCGAGAAAAUAGGGCUGAUAUUAGACGCAGGAAAAUAGUGGAAUCAAAUAAAGAGCUUGGACUUGCUAUUGAGAAUAAAGAAACUAAAUUUGAAGAUGGAUUUGAGGACAAUAAUAUAACUGAUAACAACAGUCAUCUUCAUGUCAUGACUUCAUCGACACAAGUCAAUUUAGUGGAUUACAGAAAUUAUCGUCCCCGAGAAGACUGGAGUAUAGCUGGCAUUCAUUGUGACAAAGAACCUUUGGAAAAGUGCACUCAAAUAAAUUUUCUUCCUAUGUGGGAAGAGGAUAGAUCAGCUUUAAAGCAAUUAACCCUGUCAGAUUUAGUCAGUAGUGAUAUGUGUUUAUUUACUUUUACGGGUAUUCAUUCAAUAGAACUUUUAGAAACAUUGGUGACUUGUGUUAGUGAAUUGGCCUUAGAUGCUCCAACAAAUAAGAAAAUGUUAUCUGUAAGAGACAGAGUUAUUUUGACAAUGGUAAAAAUUAAACAAAAUAUGUCAUUUAGAGCCAUUGGUGUUUUGUUUGCGAAGUUUAAUAUUGGAAUAACUCCUUCUGGCCUUAUAACUGAAACAAGUGCAUCUUAUGGUGGUCGAGCAUCAGAUAAACAUAUUGUAAAUGAAUCAGGAAUCUUAAAUAAAUGCGAGUUUAAUGAUGGAGUGAUGGUGGAUAAAGGAUACAGGAUUGAAUCCGAAUGUAAUGAACGUCUGCUUCAGCUUGUCAGGCCUCCUUUGUUGAGUCAGAAAAAGCAGAUGACCAAAGAAGAUGCAAUCCGCACUGCAGAGAUUGCACGGGCAAGAGUGCAUGUUGAGAGAGUGAUACAGAGAUUACGACAAUAUAAACUUCUAUGUGGACCAUUACCAUGGUCACUGGCGCCUUACAAAUUUGGGUCCACCAAUUAUUCACAUUGGUAA